AAAUUAAAUUAUGAAUUUUCUUCAAAAUUUAAAAAAUGAGUCUGAACAGCAUUCGCCUUUUGUAUCUAGAAACUUUAUAUUCAUCUCGUACAUAUUCAUCAUUAUCAUCAUCAGAUUCGUUUUUGAAUCGUGAUUCACCAAAAAUUGAUGGCCAAUUCGGUUGGAUAGUGGUGAUGUCAUCAUUAUUUAUAUCUGUACUUGAUGAUGGCUAUGCAUAUACUUGUGGCCAAUUUUAUGAACAAUUUUUAGCCAUUUAUGGUCAAACUGAAACAAUAACAUCAAUCUUUAUAUCGAUUAUGAAUGGAACUAUUUACGGUAUCUCUCCAUUUGCUAGUGGCCUGAUCAAAGUAUAUGGAUGCCGAACAGUAUCAAUAAUUGGUUCCAUAAUGGCUAUCACUGGAAUGCUAUUGUCAACUAUAUUCGAUCAAUCAAUCUAUUUUCAUUUCAUUACCAUUGGUUUAUUGGCCGGCUGCGGCCUAGGGCUACUGUUCAUCACACAGCUUGUCAUUAUAACCGUUUGGUUUGAUCGUAAACUUGCAUUAGCAACCGGAAUCGCUGAAUGUGGAUCCGGUUUCGGGAUGGCUAUUUUUGCUUUUAUAAGUGAUUAUUUUAUUCAAAUGUAUACAUGGAAAGGUGCCAUGAUUAUAUUAGCUGGUUUCGUGUCUACAUGUUUGGUUUUUUCCGGCCUAUAUGCCGAACCUGAUUGUCCAUCGUUAACGACGUCAUCUAAACAAUCUUUGAAUUCUAAAUCAUUGUUUUGUCAAGUGUUGGAAGAAACGGCCGAUUUCAGCCUAUUAUGGACUAGAAAAUCAUUCUUAUUGUUCGUAUUGAGUCAAUUCAUCUUAAAUCUAGUCUUUUUUACGCCCGUAAUCAUCAUCACUGAUCGUAUUAGACGCGCUGGAUUUGGUUCGACCGGUGCAUCUAUUUAUUGUUGUUUUGGAAUUGCCAAUGGUUUUGGAAGAAUAUUGUUUGGUUUUAUAUCUACCAGUUUUGAUGUAAAUAAUCUUUGGCUAUUGAUUGUCGUUACCAUUGCACUUGGUGCUACCGUUUGGCUUACUAAUUUGGCCUAUACAUUGGUAACAAUGCAAUUAUUCUAUGCAUUGAUUGGAAUAUUUUUCGGUGCCAAUGUAUGUUUAACACCAGUCGUUUUGGUCGAUAUGUUAGGUACAAAUAAAAUGGCCAAUGCUUAUGGAAUUGUUUCAUUUUUUGAUGGUCUAGCUGCAUUAAUUGGACCACCAAUCCUAAAUCUUACUGUUAAUAAUAAUGAUGGAAAUAAUGACAUUUAUUCAACAUCCAUAUUGAUCACUGGUCUUGUAUCGAUAUGUUCGGUAUUAUUUUUAAUUCCAAUCACAUGGCUACAUGAUGAUCAUCAUCAUAAUGAAGAAGCCAAAAUGAUAUAUAAGAAUAACAAUAAAAAACAAGCUGGCAUAGAAGAUUUCUGUUUUCAUUGAAAUUUUAGUUUAUUUUUUUUAUCACAUACAUCAUCAUUCAUAUUAACAAUAAU